CUGUCAGUAAUGUAAUACGAUUAUUAAAUAAAAGAUAAAAGAGACAUUGUUUUUAUUGACUUUAGAGUCAAGUCUCAAGACAAGAAAUUACUUUUCUAUAAAAGUUUUAUGAAAAAAGAUUACUGAUUGGCAAUCGUCGGAACGGGUAUAUAAACAAACAGCCAUUGGGAGACCAGCUAGUGAUCAAGUCAGGCGUAGAACCGCAUAAUGAAAUGCCUGACUCUAUUGGGUUUAUUUUUCUUGGCCUUGUUGGCCCUUGUGCAAGCCGGCAAGGUUAACAUAAAUGGAAAAUGCAUCGAUUGCACCCAUGAUCGUCCCGCCACCACCACCACCCGCAAGCCACCCACGACUAGUAGGGGGCGUAGCACCCCAACCACCAAAAAACCCAAAGCCAAGGGUGCCCCCGCCCGGAAAUCAGCAUCCUCCUCCGAGGAGGAUGGUAAUUGGGAUCUGCACCAGACCGCUGGAGGUGCCCAGUCCAUUGCGAGGCGGCACAGGCGUCAGGGGGGUCAGUACAUCGAUUUGGGGGGAUCCUCGGGCCGGGGAGGCGGUGGCUGGUCAGGCAAUGGACAGGUGACCACCUACGAUUCCCGUGGCUAUCCUGGCACUUUGGUGAGGAAUAGCGACUGCGUGGGAUGCAAUAUUCGAGGCUAAAAAUGAGUUAUUUAAAUCUUUGGAAUGAAAAUCUCUAUGAUUACAUAACAUAAUGUAAACCAUCACACAUUAAAGUUUGUAAAAUAAUCCGAAUAAACGUCAAGCUUGUGGGAAAAUAA